UAACAUUGCAAUAUUUUUUCUAGGGACUCUUGGUGACCCAAGUCUUGGGGCAAACACUACAUUCCCGAAUGAUAUUUCCCUGUUCAGUGGACCUAGAAGUAUCCUCGGUCGCGCUCUUGUUGUGUACGAUCGACUCGGUCAACCGCUGACGUGCGCCGUCGUCAGGAAUCAAACUGUCGACAAUUUAUCGUUGAGAGAGACGGUCUUGGAGGCGCGUUUUCCGGCCCCCGUCGCCGGUGUGGUUACGUUUCGUCAAGUCCUAGACGACCGGACGUCCGCACGGUACGACACUCAGAUUCUCGUCGAUCUCUUCAGCAAUGAUGGUAGUCCGACGGCAGCAAACAGCAGCUGGUAUCUCGUUCUUGGCCAGGCAACCGAUCCUUCGAGUUGUAGCCGACUUGCAGCAAACCCAAUCAAGAGAACUUGCAAGGAGGAUCGAUGCUUUACUAUAUAUCUAGUGGAGAAACACGGUCACCUGACCGUUCCACAGGGCCGAGGACGACGAUACUUUUUUACAGACAGCAAUUUGCCGUUGGACGACAUCACCGAGAUGUCUCUCGUUGUUGCCCAUCCGCAGAGCGACAGAUAUGCUUGUGCUGCCUUGCGGCCUCAGCUCGGGGUCGUGGCAAGAUUUGAUGGUGACGUCAAGGGCCACAUCAGCAUUCUACCUCAAGUCGUCGGCUCUCUCUUGCAAGUCAAUCUGACGGGACUCGCGGGUAAGGCGGGAGGAUACCACGUCCAUCAGUUUCCCGUUGCGAACGGCAGCUGCAGCACGACCGGUGGUCAUUUUAACCCGUUCAAUAUCCAGUAUCAGUCGAACGCAAUGAAUGGAUCUUCGGAUCAGUUCGAGGUGGGAGAUCUCAGCGGAUUGUUUGGCUCUUUGGAAAGAGACGAGGCCGUGUUCACGACGUUCUCUCGCAACCUUCUUUCCGAAGGUCUGCAUGGUAUUCUAGGCCGCUCUAUAGUCAUUCACCACAAAGACCAGUCGCGCUGGCAGUGCGCCACUCUAGAGCCUCUGCCACCUCAUGGACAAGCAGUGACCAAGUACACAGCUGAAGCUCGUUUUGACGGCAACUACGAAGGCUACGUCAAAUUGACUCAGUAUGAAAUCGGAGAAAAAGUGUACACGGGUACGGUAGUUGAAAUUGACAUACGCAAAGAAGGAAACGCAAGCUUCGAUCACAAGUGGCAUGUUCACGAAACACCAGCGGCUGCCUAUGAGGGUAUCGCCGAGGGAAACUGUGCGUCUCAGUAUGCAGGCGGUCACUACAAUCCGGAAGGAGUCGAUCUGAGUAUAAGAUACAGCGACGAAUGCCAACCGGAAAACCAGUUUCGCUGCGAGUUGGGAGACAUGAGCGGAAAGCAUGGGAAAUACACCAUCAACACGCUCGAUUCUGCGGCCGGAAGAAAACUCAUGUACGACACUUCGCUGCCUCUAAUCGGAAAAAACGGCGUUAUUCGUCGCUCUGUUGUUAUACACGCAGCUAACGGUGGCGGUCCCCGCAUAGCGUGCGCUACUCUGUACCCGGGCGGUACUCGAGCACUCUCUUUCACAUUCAGAAAGCCGGCAGUGUUGGACGAAGAUGACAUCAGACGGACGAUUGCAAAGUCGCUUUCUCGACCCAACUCCGACGUACAACACCUCUAUCUCUCUGUUGACGACACUACCGACUGUGUCUGUGCGACGUUUGCAGUGCCAGCUGCCGUGGUAAAACAACUAAAGGGCGCAGACUUCGCGUCUUACCUAAAACAUCGCGGCGACGUCUGUGGAAAGUAUAUUGUCGAAACCGAAUGCCAAAACAGGCCAAACGUCGACAAAGACGCGCUAGCCGUCGUUCACAUCAACGGCAACGGCAUUACGGGCGAACUGGACAUUGACGGGAUGCUCGACGGCAACGUGUCGUUUCGUUUCAGGUCGUUGAAGGCGUUCGGUCGGUCGAGAGUCGACGACGUGGCGGUGGCCGUUCAUACGUUACCGCCUCUGUAUCGAGGACGUUGUACUGAGGCCGAACUGGGACCCGUAUACGAUCCGACUCGGGCGACCGUUAGUUCGGACUACGAAACUAGAUGUCGAUCGAGCCCGUCGGACUGUGCGGUGGGAGACCUGAGAUGGAGACUGGGUACCCUCGGUGCUGGCAAGCGAAUGACGACGGCGUUUCCUCAGAAACAAAACUUUUUGAAGGGUCCGUCCUCGAUGAUUGGUCGGUCUCUUGUCGUCUACAACGUCACUACCGGUGCUCCCAUCACUUGUUCGGUCAUCCACCGACGUCAUGUCGGUACCACCGAAUCGAUGCGAGAGAUCAGCUUAGAGGCCAAACUUCUCGCGCCAAUUGCUGGAAAAAUUACGAUGUCUCAAGAAAUUAACGACGUGACGGGAGACACGUAUGAGACACGAAUUUUAGUCAGCGUGUUUUCGAACGACGUGUCCGUUCCAAUUGGAUUGUACAAGUGGCACUUGACCAAAGACAAGCUUCAGAACAUUGACGAGUGCCAUCAAUUGGCGAAGAAAAGCCGGACGGCAAGCUGCACCGGUAAGGAUUGCCACUUCACCGACUUGACCGGCAAGCACGGGCACCUGAACGUGCCAUGGGGACGCGGCGAUCGCGUUCUAUACACCGACAUCAACCUACCUCUCCGCAACAUCACCGACAUGACACUCAUCGUUUCGGACGACAAGAAAUCAAACGUUAGCUGCGCGAGCAUCGACUUGCGUGUGGGCACGCGAGCCCAUUUUACCGGCGAAGUCAAGGGUACCAUCACAUGCAUACCGACCCACGGUGGAUCCAGCGUCGACGUCGAUUUGUCCAACCUACAACGACUCGCCGGAGGCUACCACGUUCACAGGUAUCCAGUCACUAACGGAGACUGCCACUCGACAGGCGGCCAUCUCAAUCCCUUCAAUGUCACUCGCUCUCCACCCACAGGCCACGGUUCGGACGACCAAUUUGAGGUCGGAGACCUCAGCGGUAUAUUCGGUUCGUUGGUGGGACGAUAUAGCGUUUCGUUUCACCGUUUCGCGCCUAACGUCUACUGCGAGAGGAUCCUCGGCAGGUCGAUAGUCAUUCACUUUGCCAACGGAAGUCGCUGGCAAUGCGCCUCGCUCGAGCCCGUUUUGACAGACGGGAGAACGCAAACCGAAUGGAAAAAGCAUUCAGCAGUUGCCCAUUUCAGUGGACAUUACGAGGGCUACGUGCAGCUGACACAAUGGGAACGCGCAGACGCUCAUUUCUUUACCGACACCGUUGUAGAUGUCAACAUCCACGCCAACGGCAAUAUGAGUACCGGACACAAAUUCCACAUACACCAGAAGCCCAUCGCCGGCUUCAACGAGAUGCUCGAGAAAAACUGUCAUGCAAACUUCACCGGCGGUCACUACAAUCCGUUCGGCAUCGACCUCAAGACUGGCUAUAGCGACGAGUGCAACGCACAGAGCCAGUUGCGUUGCGAAGUCGGCGAUUUGAGCAGCAAGCACGGACUCUACGCGUUCUAUUCGAAAGGACAGAACGGAAGGAGGCUAACUUCUGACGGAUUUCUUCCUCUGGCAGGCGAAAACAGCGUCAUGUUGCGAUCGGUUGUCUUCCACGCCGCCGAACAAGGAGCCGCUCGAGUAGCGUGCGCUACCAUUUACCCCGAGGGUCACAAACCCUUCUCGGUGACAUUCUCCAAACCGGCAAGGAUCGACCUGAGCGACAUUCGACUAUCCAUUGCUCACGGUCUCGAAGUGAGCCCGACCGAGGUCCGAUAUCUCGACUUAGACGUGGACCACAGCGGGCAGUGCGUCAGUGUCACGUUCGCUUUACAAGAUUCGGUCGCAAACUCACUAAACGGGAACGACUUCUUGUCGAGUCUGAAGUCGAACGGUACCUUCGGCAAUUACAAGGUAAAAUCCGACUGCUUGUCGACCGUAUCGUUCGAGGUAGCAAGCGCGGUACCGCCGGCGGUGCUGUCUGUGUGGGCAAUGAUAGCUGCGGUACUUCUCUCGAUCUACUUGUCUCAGUGACAGCUGAACUAUAUACAGGCAAUCGUGAUUGUGAUUAUCGCUUAGAGUGCAGUAUUGUGUAGAAAAAAUUUACUGCAGUAGUUGUGUACUGUGUAAUUGCAACAUCUUACAUUGAUUCGCUGCCGUCGUCUAGGACCGGCUCGCUGCCGCCGCCGGCAGCGACUAGCUACUGUAUGUCUUGUAGUAAUUAAUGCAUGAAAUAUGCACAAUAUAGCAAUAUAGACGUAC